ACUUUGAGUAGGUCUUUGUACCUGUUCGUGUCUUGAUUUGCCAUCUGAAAAUGGUUCUACGCGCUAAAAUAUUGGCGGUGCUGCUUGUUAUGAUCGUUUUCACAAGUGUGGUCGUGGAAAUCAGUUUGGGUGAAGAUGAUCAUGAAGUAUGGACGCUGAGCAGUUCUAAGUCUAUGUACGCGAAAAAUCAGCCAACCAGAGCCUUUUCAAGAAAGCGAGGGCAAUCACGGCCCACGAGGGAAGUGCAGAAGAACAGUAAACACGGUCAUGUCAGAAUGUUCGAGCGCAUGAGGAAUCAAACGAAUUCGAAGGCCUGGAAAAGCUGGAGCUUUAAGAGCAUCAACAAGCCAGAGAUCUAGAGCACACCAUACCUAAACGGUGUGUGAGGUUGGACUCUAUGUUCCUUUAGAGAACAUUGUUUUAUUUAUCUAUAUAUAGUGUUACCCAAUGUGUGUGGACUGAACUAUUGACUGUCAUGACAACAAAACUUAAUUGCUGUUUUAGUUUAGAUUGUUCACAGUAAGAAAUACCGUUAUUACAUAUUUACUACUUGUA